UAUUAUUUUACUCCUUUUCUGGAGGUUUAUUUUCUUACAGAGCUAAGCUUCUUCAGUCUACAGCUUAUCUGGUUAAUGUUCCUGUAAGAGAAUCUAGUGAUUUUGAGUUUGUGGUUGAUCUUACACUGCCAUCUAGUGGCGCAUGUUGGAACCAGGAAGUGCGUUGAGCAGAAGUUAAGAAGUGCAGCAGAGUCCAUAAACAUGUCGCUCCUGCGUCGAGUGUGUCUUCUUCCUCUACUUUUGCGCUUGUUAAAGGCAUAAACUGUAAGUUAAAUCAUAUAUGCUCUAUUAAGAAUGUUUAUUUGCGCAUUCACUUUGCGCUUCGUGUUAUUCAAGGCGCUACGCUAUUCACUCUCUAAAGCUGAUGUUAUCAUUUAGCAUUGUUGUUGCUAGUCAAAAUACUAUGUAUUGCUAAUGUUAAGACCUCUAGUUGGUUAUUUUGCACACAGAAAUAAGUGUGAAUGUAUGUUUUUUACACAGAAACUGAUGUUGUUUAUUCUGUUUCUCUGUCACAGUUUUACAAAGUAAAAUGGAUCAGUAAACUCAAGACUGCUUCACGAGUGGUUACUGAAGCCAUAUGUUUAGCUCGCUGCAUAAGUUAAAGCCCUUAGCUGAAGGCAGAAGAGUAAAAAGUUUAACUACACAUCAAGUGCAUCGUCGGGGGCCUGAGACUCUCCACGCCAGUCAGCAGACAUGUCUAACCACGGAGACACCCCUCCGCUCUCCCAGCUAGAAGUCAGAUCAAAGUGCAGCUCGACUUCAUCACGCUGGUCAUCAGUCAGCCUUGCUGCAGCAAAAGCACGAGCCAACGCUGAAGCCGCCAGCACCAGAGCAGAGUACGCCAAGCGCCAAAUAGACAUGGAGGUCGAACGGGCACGCAUCGAAAUGGAAAAAACUCGGCUGGUAGCUACUAUGAACGCCCUGAAGCAAGAGGGAGAGGCUAAAGCAGCGCUCGCAGCAGCAAGGGUCCUUGAGGCUGCAGUUUUGGACCAAACAGAGCUGGAAGAGCCGCCAGAUAUUCCCACUACAACAGCCAUGGCUGCCGGCCGCACUCAAGAAUAUGUAAACACUCACUUUCACAAUGAUGCUAAUGUGGAACAUGAGACAAAGCCUGAUAUAGAACAAAAGUGGGACAUAAACAACACCAACAAUGUCGAGCCAAGCCGACCAACAGCUAUGACACAUGCAUGUGAGUACACCCCCAGCUAUCGACCUAUCAGACAACCCGAGCCACCGCCAUUUCAUUCCCCCAACUACACUGAAGCAUAUAACGUCCCAUCUCCAUCUUUGCGCCAACAAACUAAUGUAUCAGACCUCGCUGUGCUCCUCUCACGUCGUGAUCUACUGACAGCAGGACUCACAGUCUUUGAUAACAAGCCAGAGACCUAUGUAGCAUGGAAAUCUAUGUUUCACAACGCCACUGGGGAUUUGAACUUGAAAUGCUGCGAAGAGCUUGAUCUACUGACUAAAUGGCUGAGCGGUGAGUCCCUCCAGCAUGCUCUGAGGAUUAGAGCCGUUCACGUUAGCAACCCAGAAGCAGGUCUUGAACGUUUAUGGCAAAGGCUCGACAGAAAUUAUGGCUCACCAGAAGCGAUCGAGGCUUCACUGUUUAAUCGCCUUGAAAGUUUUCCCAAAGUUGGCCAUAAAGAAAGUCACCUCCUGCAGGAGCUUGCAGACCUUCUCCAAGAGCUCGAGGCGGCGAAAGAUGAAGGGUAUCUGCCAGGCCUCAGCUUUCUCGACACCUCAAGAGGAAUAAACCCAAUUGUGGAAAAGCUCCCUGGCGGCCUGCAGGAGGCGUGGGUCAGAGAAGGGUCAAGAUAUAAAAAAGAUCACAAAGCUCACUACCCACCUUUCUCCUAUUUUGUCCAGUUUGUCAACAACCACGCAGAAAUGAGAACAGACCCCAGCUUCAUCCUGCAAAGCUGCGGCUCUACACACAUGAAAGCAGAAAGGACACUAGUGAGACAGACACGCUUCAAAGUCCCAGUCACAACAAACAAAACACAGGUCGGUGCGGCUAACAAUGAACCAAAAGCUGCCCCUCUUGACCCCAAUAAACAGUGUCCAGUGCACAAGAAACCACAUUCUCUCACCAAAUGUAGAGGAUUCAGAAUGAAGGCAUUGGAUGAGAGGAGAAGUUUGCUUAAGGAGCUGUCAAUCUGCUACAAGUGUCUCUCAUCAACAGAGCACAGAGCUAAAGACUGUAGAGCUACCAUUCACUGUGUGGAGUGCAACAGUGAUUCACACACCUCUGCCAUGCAUGCUGGGCCACCCCCAUGGACAGAUACAGGCCCUGGCAUCCCACCAUUGGCCCAUGGCGGGGAGCCGGAUACCCAAAGCCCCACAGUGACCACAUCUAGCUGCACUGAGGUAUGUGGACAGGGACUACAGGGAAAGUCCUGUUCUAAAAUUUGCCUGGUGAAUGUGUACCCCUGCUCAGCCCCCAAUGAAAAAAGAAAAACGUACGCGAUCUUAGAUGAUCAGAGUAAUGUGUCAUUAGCUCGGUCCCGCUUUUUUGACAUGUUCAACCUGCAUGGUGAGGCCCUCCCUUACACAAUGAAAACGUGCUCAGGAACAGUAAACACACAAGGGCGAAGAGCUCAUGGCUUUGUCAUCGAGGGCAUAAAUGGAAAAGUGUCAAUAACACUACCCAUACUCACUGAGUGUAACCAGAUCCCAGACAACAGAAGUGAGAUACCCACUCCUGAAGCUGCUGCAGCACAUCCUCACCUCUCUCAAGUAGCCACACAAAUACCGCCACUUGAUCCAUCAGCUGACAUUCUUCUCCUGCUGGGCAGAGAUGUGAUUCAGGCUCACAAGGUCCGCCGCCAGAUAAACGGCCCAAACGAAGCUCCUUACGCCCAACAGCUUGAUCUCGGGUGGGUAAUCAUUGGAGAUGUCUGCCUCUCAGGAGCUCACAGACCCACGGUGAACUCCUACAAGACAAACUUACUUGAUAACGGCCGCCCCAGUUUCCUCUCUCCCUGUGAAAACAGAAUCUACACAAAGGUAAAGUUCACAGAAGAAAAUCCCCUGUUUGAGAACAUGCAACCCAAAGAUGAGCUGAGCAAACACAUCUUUAAGCAAACAGCAGAUGAUGACAAACUGGCACUCUCUACAGAAGAUGAGUCGUUCCUGAAUGUUAUGCACCAUGGGUUUGUUAAAGAUGAGGCUAAUAACUGGGUCGCUCCCCUCCCGUUCCGUCAUCCCCGACUCCGCUUGCCUAACAAUAGAGAGCAGGCACUCACCCGCCUCAUGUCUCUACGCAAGACACUAAAGAGAAAGCCGGAAAUGAAAGGGCAUUUCGUGGAGUUUAUGAAGAAGACAUUCAACAAAGGACACGCAGAAAAGGCCCCUCUUCUUAAACCCCACCAAGAAUGUUGGUAUCUCCCAAGCUUUGGCAUUUACCACCCACAAAAGCCAGGCCCAGAUCUUAACAACGGCCUUGUAGGUGUGCUUCUCCGUUUCAGAGGUGAACCAUAUGCUGUGAUGGCUGAUGUGGAGCAGAUGUUUCACAACUUUAUGGUCAGGGAAGACCAUCGUGAUUACCUGCGCUUUCUCUGGUUCCGCGACCACGACCUGGAUGGAGAAGUGGACGAGUUUCGGAUGACAGUUCACGUGUUUGGAAACUGUCCAUCUCCCUCAGUCGCCAUCUAUGGACUCAAGAGAACUGCUGUGGAGGGAGAGAGUGAGUACGGCAGCGAGGUGAGGAAAUUCAUUGAGCACCAUUUUUAUGUAGAUGACGGGCUAAAGUCAUUCGCCUCUGAGGACGAGGCAAUCGACAUCCUCACCAGAGCACAGAAAAUGCUAGCUCAAUCGAACAUCCGUCUCCACAAGAUUUCAUCUAACAGUCCUGUUGUCACCAGCGCAUUCCCAGGAGAAGAUCUCGCUACAGGUCUGCAGGGUCUUGAGCUCGGACAGGAUGCACCACCCAUGCAAUACAGCCUCGGACUGGGCUGGAACUUGUCCACUGACCAGUUGUCGUUUCGAGUGGAGAUCACUGACAAGCCCUUCACCAAGCGUGGUGUGUUAUCAGUCAUCAACAGUUUGUAUGACCCGCUUGGGUUCGCUGCGCCAGUGAGCAUUGAAGGACGCUCCAUCCUGAGAGAGAUCUCCAAAAACAUCAGUGAAUGGGAUACUCCUCUACCUAAGGAGCAACAGGACAAGUGGCAGAGAUGGAAAGACGCUCUACAGCACUUGGAACAGCUCAAGAUCUCACCAGUCGGAGCUGUCGCCUACUUGAAACUCACCACUGCUGAUGGACACAGUGACGGGGGCUUUCUCCUCGGCAAAGCCAGGCUAGCUCCAAAACCAGACAUCACCAUUCCCAGAUUAGAGCUGUGUGCCGCAGUGCUGGCUGUCGAAGUAGCAGACAUGGUCCAAGAAGAGCUCGACUUUACGUUUGAUGAAGUCAGCUUCUACACAGAUUCUAAAGUAGUACUCGGCUACAUUUUCAAUGACAAGAGACGCUUUUAUGUGUAUGUACAUAACCGCGUUGAACGCAUCAGGCGCUCCACUCAGGCUCACCAAUGGCGUUAUGUGCCCACACAUUUAAACCCAGCUGACCAUGCCACACGUGGACUGCCUGCUGAACAUCUUUCCCACUCUACAUGGCUCAGUGGCCCUCCCUUCCUCACUGACUCAGGCCUAGGUCAAACACAGGAAAUGCCCUUUGACCUCAUUAACCCCGAACAUGACACUGAGCUGCGUCCAGAGGUUGUAUCCUGUGCUACCUCCCUCUCUAAAAGCACUCUCUGGGCAGCAAGGUUCGAAAGAUUCUCCAGCUGGACCCGCCUGUUAAAGACUAUCGCCAGGCUACGCCACAUCGUCACAUGUUUUAAGGCUGCAUCUGAGAGCAGAUGCCAUGGAUGGCACAAGUGUGACAAGAACAUUACUGAAGACCAGCUCCAGCAGGCUAAAGCCAUCAUCAUUCGUGCAGUGCAAAGUGAGGUGUACGCAGAUGACAUCAGGCACGUGGAACGUGGUGAGUCUGUCUCCAAGAAAAGCCCACUUAGCAAACUGAACCCAGUAAUGGACAGUAACAUGGUCUUACGAGUUGGAGGUCGGCUGACUAAGGCUCAACUCACAGCAGACGAAACACACCCUAUACUCCUCCCCAGUAAACACCACGUCACUCAGCUCAUAAUCAGACAAUUUCAUUCACAAGUACGCCACCAGGGCAGACACUUCUCCGAAGGUGCUAUCAGAGCUGCUGGUUUCUGGAUAGUGGGCGGGAAAAGAGCAGUCAGCAGUGUUGUUUUUAACUGUGUUACAUGUCGCAGAUUGAGAGGCAAACAACAAGAACAGAUCAUGUCAGACCUACCAGAAGACAGAAUGUGCACAGACCCUCCUUUUACAGGUGUUGGCCUAGAUGUUUUUGGCCCUUGGCCCGUCACAGUCAGGAAAACACGUGCAGGUCAGGCAGAAGCAAAGAGAUGGGCGGUAAUCUUCACCUGCAUGAGUACUCGUGCCAUCCACAUUGAAGUGAUAGAGUCAAUGGACACUUCGUCAUUCAUUAAUGCGCUGCGACGCUUCUUCGCCAUCAGAGGCGCUGCCAAGCUGCUCAGAUCAGACUGUGGCACAAACUUUGUGAGUGCUUGCAGAGAACUUCACAUUGACAAAAAGGGCUGUCACAAUGACAAAAUCAACACCUAUCUUGGAAACAGUGGUUGUGAGUGGCAUUUUAAUCCCCCACACGCUUCCCACAUGGCUGGAUCAUGGGAGCGCAUGAUCGGCGUCAGUCGACGGAUUCUGGACGCAAUGCUGCUGCAGCACGGAAAGGCCAAGCUCACACAUGAAGUACUGGUGACGUUCAUGUCGGAAGUGACUGCUAUUGUUAAUGCAAGGCCGCUUACAGCAGUUUCCACUGACCCAGAGCAUCCUGAGAUUCUCACUCCUGCCAUGCUUCUCACGCAAAAGGCAGCCACCCCCUCAGUCAUCCCAGGUCACUUUGAUGACCGUGACCUGUUCAGAGCACAAUGGAGACGUGUACAGUAUCUGGCCAAUCUCUUCUGGGGACGAUGGAAGAGAGAAUUCCUCAGUGACCUGCAACCUCGUCGCAAAUGGAGAACACCUAAACCCAACCUACAAGAAGGAGAUGUCAUCCUGCUAAAAGAUGGGCAAGAGCACAGGAACGACUGGCCCCUUGGUGUUGUUGCAAAGACCUUUCCCAGUCAGGAUGAAAGGGUCAGGAAGAUCCAAGUCAAGAUAACCCGCAACGGUGAACAGAGACUGUACUUGAGACCUAUCAGUGAGGUCAUCCUGCUGGUUCCGAGGAACCACACAUAAAGGACCCCUCAUAUCCUUUGAAAAACAGUGGGUGUGGGUUAGUAUGACAUCCUGUUGAUGUCAGACGGGGAGUAUUCUGUCCCUCAGUCUUGUGUUAUUAUUUUACUCCUUUUCUGGAGGUUUAUUUUCUUACAGAGCUAAGCUUCUUCAGUCUACAGCUUAUCUGGUUAAUGUUCCUGUAAGAGAAUCUAGUGAUUUUGAGUUUGUGGUUGAUCUUACACUGCCAUCUAGUGGCGCAUGUUGGAACCAGGAAGUGCGUUGAGCAGAAGUUAAGAAGUGCAGCAGAGUCCAUAAACAUGUCGCUCCUGCGUCGAGUGUGUCUUCUUCCUCUACUUUUGCGCUUGUUAAAGGCAUAAACUGUAAGUUAAAUCAUAUAUGCUCUAUUAAGAAUGUUUAUUUGCGCAUUCACUUUGCGCUUCGUGUUAUUCAAGGCGCUACGCUAUUCACUCUCUAAAGCUGAUGUUAUCAUUUAGCAUUGUUGUUGCUAGUCAAAAUACUAUGUAUUGCUAAUGUUAAGACCUCUAGUUGGUUAUUUUGCACACAGAAAUAAGUGUGAAUGUAUGUUUUUUACACAGAAACUGAUGUUGUUUAUUCUGUUUCUCUGUCACAGUUUUACAAAGUAAAAUGGAUCAGUAAACUCAAGACUGCUUCACGAGUGGUUACUGAAGCCAUAUGUUUAGCUCGCUGCAUAAGUUAAAGCCCUUAGCUGAAGGCAGAAGAGUUAUCAAUCAAUCAAUCAAUGUUUAUUUAUAUAGCCCUAAAUCACAAGUGUCUCAAAGGGCUUUACAAGCCACAACGACAUCCUCGGUACAGAGCCCACAUACGGGCAAGGAAAAACUCACCCCAGUGGGACGUCGGUGAAUGACUAUGAGAAACCUUGGAGAGGACCGCAUAUGUGGGUAACCCCCCCCCUCUAGGGGAGACCGAAAGCAACGGAUGUCGAGUGGGUCUGACAUAACAUUGUGAAA